AUGACCAAUACCACACCGACAGAUGAGGAGCUUCAGUCCGCUGCUCAAUCCCUACGAGAGCACAACCCUUCAUUGGGAAUAACCAAAUUAUUGAGCCAGCUGAAAAUCGAUCAUCCAGAAUGGGCGGUAUCAGAAAAACGAUUCAAGAAGUUUAUCACCCCUUCCACCAGCAGUACGACCGGUACGAACAAUAAAUCUCAGAGCAGUAAAGGGAACUCAUCAGCGGAUGAUGGACUGAUAGCUAAGACUGGGAUAGACCCUUUGUUGGAUAUAUCUUCCAUAGCACCCAAGAUCAAAGUGAAGAUGUUCAACGUACAAGGGAAAGGUAAAGGGUUGGUUGCUAAAGAGAAAUUACAAGUUGGGGAGUUGGUAUGGCAAGAAGAACCUUGGAUAGCUACAAAUGAUUCCGAUCUAACACCUUACCUAUCCUCUCGUGAAAUGUGUUCCCAAUGCCUCACUCUCUUCCCUCAACCUAAUCCACCUCUAUCAGUCCCAUGCAAACACUGCGCCGAAGCUCAUUUUUGUAAUCGACGAUGUUAUUCCAAAGCGGUAGAUCAAGGAACGCAUAACGAUUAUCUCUGUCCCGGGCAGAAUAGGGAAUGUAAAGCGCUGUUGAGCUUUAUCAACCAGAAGAAAGCUAGGGAUAUACAGGGUGUAGCUAGGAUUAUAGCUCAGUGGAGGAGAUAUAGAGAUUUGGGCGAUAAGAAGGGAGCGGAGGAGGUAGAGAAGAGAGUUUGGGGAUCGAUGGCGAGAGUUAGCCAGAGGGUGAAAGAGGUCGAGAGGAGGGAAUGGCCAUACAUAGCCAAAGAUCGACUCGAGGAAUGGCGACUCACCCAUCUCCUCAUCCUCCGAGCUCUAAAUCCAUCACUGGAAGAAGAUCCAGAAUCAUACAAGUCAUUCCAAAAAUUCUUAUCUGCCCGAAAGAAAAAUAUUCCUUCGUUGAGUAAAGAAGAGGAAGAAAGAUGGUUCUCAUUCGAUAGUUUCUUGGAAUUGCUAGGACUGAUAGGAUUGAAUCAGGAGAGCUCAGGCGGGCUGUACGCUCUGCAUUCCCAUUUGAACCAUAAUUGUGAACCGAAUUUGCAGGUCCGUAACCUCCCUAAGAAUUGGACUCCACCGACCACACUCCCCGCCGAGCUUCCGCCACCUAUGACAGCUGCCACCCGAGGGACCAACAAGAUCAGUAUCAUCGUCAAGAAGACCAUUCACCCCGGUGACGAAUUGACGAUAUCCUAUGUCGAUCAAAGAUUAUCGAGGGUCGAGAGACGUGUGAAGUUGAGGGAACAAUAUGGGUUCUGGUGUGGUUGUAACAGGUGUACGAGAGAGAAGAAGGAGGAGGAAUUGGCUGAUAAGAAAGGAUGA